UCUGAUGCCCACUACUGGAGUGUCUGAAGACAGGUCUGCCAAAAUGUCUGAAAGAUCAGAUCUCCUUCACUUCAAGUUUGAAAAUUAUGGAGAUUCAAUGUUACAAAAAAUGAACAAAUUAAGAGAAGAGAAUAAAUUUUGUGAUGUUACAGUUCUCAUAGAUGAUGUUGAAGUGCAGGGGCAUAAAAUUGUUUUUGCUGCAGGUUCCCCCUUCUUAAGAGACCAAUUUUUACUGAAUGAUUCCCGAGAGGUGAAAAUCUCCAUAUUACAGAGUUCUGAAGUGGGGAGACAAUUGCUCUUAUCCUGUUAUAGUGGUGUGCUGGAAUUCCCUGAGAUGGAACUGGUAAAUUACUUGACUGCUGCGAGUUUUCUUCAGAUGAGCCACAUUGUAGAACGGUGCACACAGGCGCUGUGGAAGUUUAUAAAGCCAAAACAACCAAUGGAUAGUAAAGAGGGAUCUGAACCACAGAGUGCUUCUCCCCAGUCGAAAGAACAGCAGGGAGAUGCCAGAGGCUCUCCAAAACAGGACUUACCUUGUAUUCAUCCAUCUGAAGACAGUAUGGAUAUGGAGGACAGUGAUAUUCAGAUUGUUAAGGUAGAAUCUAUUGGGGAUGUAUCAGAGGAUAGAAGUAAAAAAGAUGAGAACCAGUACAUUUCUUCUGAACCCACUGCUUUGCACUCAUCAGAGCCCCAGCACUCCCUGAUAAAUUCAACUGUGGAAAACAGAGUUAAUGAACUAGACCAGAGCCAUCUCCACAAUUACGCCCUCUCUUACACAGGCAAUGAUGACAUCAUCAUGACCUCUAAAGAUGUCUUUGGGCCUAAUAUUCGAGGUGUAGACAAAGGCUUACAGUGGCAUCACCAGUGCCCAAAGUGUACCAGGGUAUUCCGUCACCUGGAGAACUACGCCAACCAUUUAAAAAUGCACAAACUGUUUAUGUGUCUACUCUGCGGCAAGACUUUCACUCAGAAAGGCAAUCUUCAUCGACACAUGCGUGUACAUGCCGGAAUUAAACCUUUCCAGUGUAAAAUCUGUGGGAAAACCUUUUCUCAGAAGUGUUCCUUACAGGACCAUCUUAACCUUCACAGUGGAGAUAAGCCCCAUAAAUGUAACUAUUGUGACAUGGUUUUUGCACAUAAGCCAGUUUUGAGGAAACACCUUAAACAGCUGCAUGGCAAAAACAGCUUUGAUAAUGCCAAUGAGAGGAGUGUGCAAGACCUCACAGUGGAUUUUGACUCUUUUGCAUGUACAACAGUCACAGAAUCUAAUUGUCAGCCACAACCUGAUGCAACACAGGUCCUGGAUGCAGGUAAACUGACCCAAGCUGUCCUCAGCUUAAGGAGUGACAGUACAUGUGUAAAUUGAACAGGGCUUAGUACUCACAGUCAGAGCUGGCAGUAUGGCAAUAGUCGCUGAGUUUUUCGAAGUCACUUGGUAGUUUCUUUUACAGAGCCUCCAAGCAGGUGGUAGUGAGUGAGUUGAAGCACUAGCAGAUUAGGUGACUCCCACUUGUGCUGGCUUUGCUUUCCUUUGGCCCUCUCCUGGUUCUGUUUUGAGUUAUUUAACCUGUGAUUUCUGUUUUCCUUUUCUAAGGAAUAAUUCCAUUUGUCUACCUAGUGUUGAUACAUUUCUUAGACUGGCACUAUUUUAAAUUUUUUACCAAGCACAUUCUGAAGGUACCAACAAAUGACAUUAUCUACUUCCUACUAAUAAACUGUGUUUGGGAAAGUUAAUAUUUCUCCUUGGGGGAAAAAUGAGGCUGAGAUAGAAGGUGAUAUACUGCUGUUGACCUAAAUAUGUGAUAGAGUUUCUGUUGGUCUACUGUGAUUCAUCCAACGCUGAUGAGUGAAUCUGCUUCCUGCCGUUUGUACUUUUUUGGAGCUGCUGUGGAGAAGUGUGUGGGUUUGUACUUUAAACACUAACUGCCCAUUGAAAUUUUCUUAAAACCCAGAGUACAAUUUUUUUCAGCAACUUCUACAGACAAAAAGGGACUGACUCCCAUGGGGAGGAUAAUCAGUAAAUGGUAGAAAUAUAAUAAAGCAAGAGUGGGCAUAUGGAAGGUUUCCUAAAUAUUAUGACCUAACAAAAGGCCAUCUGCUUACAUAUGUGUCCUGUUGAUGCUUUAAUAAUUGGAAGUGCUUUAGGCAUACUCAAAUGAGCUAAAGAAUAAUGGACUAUGUUGGAGUCUAAACGAUGUAUCAAUUUAUACAUAAGAAAGGUGCGUUUGGCCAUAACUUGUCCAGUAUAGAGUUAAUGUUUCCAGCUGGUCUUUCCUUUUCACAUGGACUUUCUUCAUCUUGGAAAUCGAUGAAAAAAAUUAAAUGGGAUACAGAGGAACUACCAGAAUUUCUACAUUUAGAUAGCCUUAGAGGUACAUAAUACACUGUCCACUAUUGCUACUUUUGAUAGUUGAUCUUGAAGUAUGGAAAAAAAAAACUUUUUUUUUUUUUUUUGUUUUGUUUUUCCAGACAGGGCUU